AUGAACUUUGCCUACACUCCCAACCAAUGCAUUUUCGGGAACGGAAGAGAGUUUAAUAGGUUCAUCAAAGAUUGGAGCAUUGUCAUUAAAAUCCAGAACUUGAACUUUGAGAUCGUAGUGACAAGCAUGAUUAGCGCUGUCUUUAGCCUCAACGCGGAAGGAAUACUCCUUCUUCAAUUCAUAGUCCAACUGCCAGGUUAGAAAUACCUCUCCUGUUUUCGGAUCAACUUCAAAAUCAUUUGCGUCAUUUUCGGCAUUCAAUAGACUGUAGGAAAUUUCUGAAUGAACCUCCAGGAUGUCAGCAUCCGUUGCAUUGAGAUAGAAAAGACUUGUACCAUUUUUAGAAGACUCUAGUACUUCUGUUUCACGAUUAGGAAUAUGACAAAUGGGUGAGUUGUCAUUUACGUCAUCCACUCGAAUUCUUAAAAUGAAUGGACGAAUGCUUUCAUGCAAUCCAUCGAAUGCUUUCACUUUCAACUCAUAAUACUGUUGCGACUCAGCAUCCAGCCUUUUGCGAACGUAGACUUUGCCAUCAGAUGAAACAAAGAACUCUUGAAGUGGCCCUCCGACUUGGUAAAAUUUCAUAAGAGCUGGAUUUGAACUGACGUCUUUAUCCACAGCCGAAAAUUGAAAGAUAGGAGAGGAUGGAAGCGAGUUUUCAGUUACUCGAAUCUCCAUUGAAGGUGAAUCGAUAUUGACAAUUUUCGUCAGGUUCCAUUCAGGAGCAUUGUCGUUCAAAUCAUGAACCUCAAUCGUCAAAUAGGACACUGCUGUAUGAUGAGCUGCAUCUUUAACGCUAACUUGAAGCUCGAAUGAUUCUGUAGCCUCUCUAUCGACAAGUCCCGUCACGGUUAUCCAGCCAUCAGAAUCAAUAGAGAAAGGCAAUAAGGAAAGGUCUGAAACGAUGCCGGGUUUUUGUCGGAUAGAGUACGAGAGAAGACCUUCAUCGACAGCAUCGCAAUCUUUGGCUUGCAACCUGUAUAUCCGACGACCGAAAGGUAAAUUUUCUGGUAUACUGAUUCGCGCUUUUGAAUCAGACUGGAAAACGGGAGUACAAUCAUUUACGUCCUCAACCUUAAUCGUGACAUGAGCAACUUCCACCAAGGGAACAGCAAGACUAUUUUCUGAUACUGAAGGAAUACGAUAUCGUACGAUAAGUUCAUGAGAUGAUUGAGAUUCGUAGUCGAGGUCUUUUUUUGCGAAGAUAGACCCUGAUUUGGGAUCUAUUUUGAAAAAAUUCAUAGAAGACGCGGAACCAACGAGAGACCACACACCCGCUUGCUUGUGAUCAGGGACAGAUUUGAUUUGACAUCCGGCAACAGGUUCAUUCAAACUGUGGCCAAGCUCAGGAAGAGGAACGGCAUUGCAAACGAUUUUGAUAUUCAAGGGUAGAUCGUUUGCAGUAAGAUGAAUGGACACAUCAACGGGUACUGAACAGAGCGAUCGAUCUUCAAUGGGUUGAUCGCAUGCCUCCACUAAGAAACCAUAUUCCUGGGUAGAGGGCUGGAGAGGGUGGGUCAAAAGCACUUCCCCACUUUGAGCAUCAAUGGUGAAUGGAAGAACAUCAGAGUUGGAAAUAUGGGAUGAAGUAGGAAGAAGCCGAUAAAUGAUAUUUGCAUUGGACCCACUGUCUUUAUCAUGAGCUUUAAUUCUUAGUGGAAGACGUAGCCCACCCGGCUGAAUUCUACUGGCUGAUGCGAAGGUCACCCAUGUGUCAUCUGUGUACUCGCUAGGAGGCAGAGUAAUCUCAUAUUCUGUUUGCUCAAUGAUUGGCGCAUUGUCAUUGACAUCUGUCACCGUGAUGUUCAACUCCAUGAAAUCUGACAAGCCACCUGCAUCUGAAGCGAUGACUGUAAGCAAGUAAUGUUCCUUCGUUUCGCGAUCAAGUGGAGAUGAUAGAGUCAGUUCACCCGUUUCUGAGUCAAGAGAGAAUGGCACUUCUUUGGAUUUUUCAAGAAGGAAAUAGGAGAGGCGACUGAAAUCUCCAACAUCAUCAUCUUCGGCUGUUGUCAGCAAAGCAACUCUGCUACCCACUUGUGCGUCUUCUGGAAUCUGAAUUGACUGAACUAUCACCGAGAAGCGGGGGGAGUAACGAUUGCUCGGAACAACUGAUACCUCCACCCAGCAUGUUGAUGUGUGCAGCCCAUCAGAUACCUCAACUUCAAACGAUAGUCUAGCGGCUCCACCAGACUCAUAAGCUAGCAGAGCUGAUGCCAAACGAUCUGAAGAACCGGAUGCAAGUGGGGGUCUCCAAUGAACUACCCCACUUGUAGAAUUAAUGCGAAAGAGGUCCGCAUCAUUGCUGGCAGGUAGUAGGCGGUAGGUAAGGCUAUCAUUGACGUCGAGGUCUGAAGCUGUCAGACGCAGAACAAAGGAGUCUGUUGGUGCGUCAGCUGCGACUGUUGCUUCACGAUGACAGGUGUUCUCGAAAGCUUGUUCUCUGCUGGUCUCAAGAUCAAAGAGUGGAGGAUUGUCAUUGGAAUCGAGAAUUUUUAACUCAACGAGUGAUCGUCCAAUGAGAGGAGGUGAACCCAGGUCUAUAGCGACGAUCCAGAAUGUCAGAGAGGGUUGCUUUUCAUAGUCUAUAGUUUCAGAAAUUCGCAAUGUUCCAUUAACUGCAUCGAUUCCCAAGCCCGGUACGAGAGUAUUUUGCCCAAUUCUUGUGUCUUCGUCGUUUAAUGAUUGAAGGUAAUACCGGAUUUGCCCGUUAGCUCCAGAGUCCGCAUCUUCUGCAAGCUGGGGAGGAUGUAGUGAUAUUACUGAUCCAAUUUCAGCAUCCUCGGAAAUCACAGCCUUGUAAAGAGGGGCUGCAAACACAGGUCGUUCGUCAUUCACAUCCGUAACAUUGAUGUAGACAUUGACACGAGCAGUGUUUCCGGUAGUUGUAUCCAAGGCCUCAACUUCCAGGUUGUAAUAGUUCAUCUUCUCAUAAUCCAGAGGAGAACCGACUCGAAUAAUACCAGUUUCAUAUUCCAGGUAGAAAGGGCUUUUGACAAUGCUUGAUUCGCUGUGAUCUGGUCCGAUAGAUACAAUGCGAUAGAGGAGAGUGGUUCCUGACGCACUGAUAGCUGUGACACUUGCAACUGACUCUCCAAUUGAUGCAUCUUCAGAUACUACUGCUGCGUAAUGAGUACUAGUGAAACGCGGUCCAAGACGAGCUGCUAAUUGAACCGACACUUCCGUGUCAGCAUAGCGCUGACCACCAUCAGUAGCACGAAUUCUCGCAGUCAAGCGUCGACCUGCCCAAUCUGAGGGCACAGCCCGAAUUAGCGACAAUCGACCCGAUAUAGGAUCAAUCGAUAAUAAAGGCGGCUCCGCGUGAGGUUGAGUACUUAUAAUCUGAUAAGAAAGCUCUCCGUUACGACCGGAGUCCUCGUCGUUCGCUUCAACCUUAAAGAAAUUCGAUUGACAAAAUUCUUGAAGUUGCGAGAGAACAUGAUUUGCAGGAGUCGUCAAAGCAUUGAGUUUUGAUGGAUCUGAGGCAAGGGAAUGCUCUUUAACACAGAAGGUGGUGUGAUACGGCAAUCCAAUAAACUUAGGAUCAUGAUCGUUGAUGUCCUCUAGAUGAACAUUGAUCCAACCCUCACCGAAACGUUGUUGACUCAUUCCCAAAGAGGAGGAAACCAAAUCCUUCACAAGAACUCUCAAUCGAACUACUGGAGUAAUCUCUCGAUCCAAAUCUUCAGCAGCAGCUGGAUCACCAGUUGCAUAGAAUGCCCCUGUGUGUCGAUUAAUCGAGAAACAACGAGUGGAAGUAUUGGUGAGUUCGAAACUGAAAACUUCAUUUGGAAGGGCAUUUCGAACGUGAAGUUGGCCAAGGAAUUUGGGACUACCUUUGUUGGAGAAAUGCUCAAUGAGAGAGAUAUUCAAUCCACCGGAGGGUUCAAUAACCAGGCGUCGUUUGGUGGCAUCGGGAGUGUGGAUGAAGACGGUGACAUUGUGAACGACUGUGUGCUUGUCAUUAUUGUCUUUAGCCUCAAUUCGUAAAUAGAACUGACGCUGACUAAUCAUGCUCAAACUAGCCAGCUGGUGUGAGAUACGAAGAAUUCCCGUGGAUUGAUCGAUUAAGAAGAAACCACUUGGAUCUCCUUCACCGAUAUGAUAAGUCACCGUGUCAUUAAAAUCAGGAUCGAUAGCGGUAAACCGAGCUAUCUCAGCUCCUUCGUAGGUAGGUAGGAAUACAUUUACAACAAGGGGAUUCGCAGGUGAAAAAUGCGGAGAGCCUUCAUUUCUAGCUUCAUCAAAUCGAACACGAAUUCGAACCAGUGUGUCUGCAGUUCUAGCUAACGGAACUCCGCCGUCAGAUAUUUCCACAUAGAGCAUUAUCACAUUCUGCGAUGGCAUUGGCACGGUUGAACGUUGAUAGAGAACACCCGUUCUUUGGUCGAUAGCGAAUGACUCCGAGUACCGCUCUGCCCAAGGUCCCACAAAAGUAUACUUUACUUCACCUGCUGAUCCUAAGUCUGGGUCAAAUGAGCGUAAGGUGAGUGGUUUUCCCGUCUUUUCAUCAAUAAUUGGACUGUUCGGUGGCGCUUUCGAUUUCAGAAUUCCAUUCAUCCAGAGCGAUUUUACUUGAGGAUUAUUAUCAUUUACAUCAAGCACGUGGACUUCAAUCUCAGCGGUAUGUGGAAGCUUAGACGGCAAUCCAUCAAGACCCGAAACUUGAACGUUGAGGCGAUAGAUAUCUUGAGCUUCACGGUCAAAUGAUGUCAGAGAGACUAGAAAGCCCGAGUCGGCUGAUAUUGCAAAGUUGUCAUUGUGAUUGAGAAGCUUAAAUACAACUGGGAAAGGCGGAUGUGUCUCCAGGAAGUCUUUGAGUGGAGCAAUAAUGUAACCAGCGGGAGCAUUCUCAACAAUUUUCACGAUAAAAACUGACUGUCGGAAGCGUGAAAGUGGUCUGGAUACAGCACCUGGUCCGGGACUUAGAUUUAUGGUUAUCAUUGUGUGAUUAGCACGAUUGUCUCGAUCAGUUGCUGUCACCCUGAGAUUGUAUCGCGGAGGCCAUUGUGUCAGGGAUGAGGCGUUCGGUUGUAAAUUCCACAGGGGCUUGGCAAUUCGAAGAGCUCCAGUUUCCUUGUCAAUUUUGAAGAAUUCAGCAUCUUUCACUGAAGUGAUAGCGUAAGUUAUACCACUUUCUGAUUCUCCGUUGAAAUCUGGGUCGUAUGCUGAUAUUCUACCAACAGUGUUACCAACUGGAGUAUCUGCCGAGGCUAUUAUAGAACUUUGAGGCUGGAAGAAUGGUGCAAAUUCGUUGACAUCUAUUACACUGAUCACUAAGCUGAGAUAGCUUCCUAUUGAAUCAAUUCCAUUACGAUGGAAUAAGCCCACAAGGAACUGAUGCUCUUGCUGAGUUUCGAAGUCAAGAGGUUGAAUAAUUGUCAGUUCGCCAGCCUCCUUGGACAGAUGAAAGUAAAAGAGACUUGAGUUUUUCUCAGCUGCCACUAUAGAAAAGACGAAGGGAGAAGGAGACCCGUGCGUUUUGGCUAGACUGCAAACUAGGCUACCAACGAGAGCAGACUCUGGGACGCCAAGAUUAACAACCACCCCACUGGCUCCACUUUCUUCUGCUUCUUGGCGGAAGUCGCUGAUAUUCAUAAUCACUUGCUUGCCGGCGGUGAUACUGGAUGUUUCAAUAACUGGAGGCCGUCUUUCCGAAGCUUCAAUUACGAUCUUUGUCUAAGAAAAAAAAUUGACGCAUGCCAUGAUAUGAUGCUUAAACAACGAACAAAUAAAGCACUCAUUCACUUUUUCUUUCCAUGA